AUGCCCUCUGCUUGGGUCUGCUGCCAUGCGCGGCGAGUCGCUGCAAUUUGCACAGCUGCCUUCGCUGCACACUUCCUGUAUCUUGGUGAUUGCUUUGCAGCAGUGGGCAGAGUCCCCAAGAAGGUGGCAGCUGCUGAUUUGAUUCCCCGCCAAGCGGAGUUCUGCCAAGAGUUGAAGCAUCGCGGUUUUGCAAUCGUCCAGUCGGACCUGAGCAGGAGGAAGGAAGCCCUUGCCUGGUUGGAGGGUUUGGCAGAGACAGAUCCGGAUCUUGCAGACUUUGGCCUUUCUUCUGAUGAUGGCCUCGUGCGAUACCAACGGGUUGACUUUCCGAGAACCGUUCAAAGAUUGGAUAUCGCACCAGCUGUCAGUGGAGCACUCGCAGAUCCAGGAGCCGACGCAACCCUGGCACUGGCCGCAGAUUUGCAUGCACUGUCUCUGACGUGCCUGACGGCAGUGGCGCAGCAUGAACAAUUGCCAGAGCUGCUAAGCCUCGUGGCAGACAGCCCAGAGCCUCUAAAUCGCGCAAAGGAGCCAAGCAUCAUGCGAGCAAAUAUCUAUGGUGGGCAGGACGGAGCUGGACCUUGCUGGCACCUGGAUCUGGGAUUGCUGACGGUUGCACCUGCAGGGUCGUGGCCGGCUCUGAUGGCUUCUCCCUUUCAUGAUGCAAUCGGCGAGACUGCUUUUCUGGAAGAGCUUUUGGACCCAGACCGAGAUGUGCUCGUGUUUGCCGGUACUGCUCUAGUCCUUGCCACUGCGGCAGCUUACACUGGACUGGUACAUGGUGUAUCGGCUGGCCGCCUUAAGCAAGGACGAGCACGCGUUUCCGUACCUUACUUUCUGCGGCCCCGAAGUGGCGCCGUGUUGGAGAAGCCACCGUGGUGUGACGAGAGCUUGGCUUAUUUGUAUCCAGCUGCUGUUCAAGCUGAAGGUGGGAUCCAUACGGGGCAACCCAUGUUGGAUCUCUUGCGCUUUCACCGGGACUUGUACGGGCGGCUUUGCACACGUGGUCAAGUGGUUCCGCUCUCCGCUUUUGCUGCAGAAGAUUUGCAACAGAAGGUGCGACAAGACUUUUACUUGUGA